AAUAUCUGCGUUUUUCAAAAGCAGGUGCAUCUCAGCCUUGAAAGGUGCUUUGGUGAUACAUCUCUGGAUUUCUGUAUCUGUUCGUUAUGUGACUACUUGUGAGCCAUCUCCACUUGAACCAACCACAAGAGAGCCCACCCAUUUUGCUGCUGUUUCACCCCUGUCUGUCUCUCAAGUCUUUUUGUCUCUGUCAGCCCCUUUGAAGCAACAACUCUCUGACAACUUCUGGAGGAUUUUUCCCACACAGAAUAGUUCUUUUAACUUACAAAGAGAGCACUAUAGGCAUGUCCAAGGGUGGAUAUCCAUCUGUGUUUGUGGUGGACACCCAUGCCACCCUGCCUCCAGUGCCACCCAGGCUGAGCCAAAGGCGACAACAGGUCGGGGCAGUGCAGACCGUGCUGAUCCUGCUGGUGAGCGUGGCGUUGUGCGGCAUGGUCAUAGAAGCAUGCUUCAUCUACCGUCUCCACCAUACUGAAUCUGCCGCCUCAUCGUCAUUCUCCAAGCAAAUCGCAGGUCAAGAUGUCCCUCUCACUACCGAAAGUCCACGUCGUUUUCUUCUUCCUUCCAAACCGGUUGCACAUCUGACAGGUGUACAAACUGUAGAACACGGAAAUCAAAUCAUGGCGUGGAGCAUGGUUGCAGGGCCUCUACUCCAUGAAAUGUACUACAAAAACAGAAGUCUUGUCAUUCAGAAGGAGGGCUAUUACUAUGUCUAUUCCAAGGUCUUCUUCUUAGACUCUAAUGUAUUCCACCACUCUGUUCAUCGAAAUACUCAACUGUACGCUGGGAAAAGUAUUCCCCUUCUGAUGGCCAGGAAAUACUCAGACGGGUGCAGCAGAACACCACCCAGACGAAGAGACUGGCCGUGCCAAGCGCGAUCAAACAGUUUUCUGGGUGGCGUGUUUCACCUCGUAAAAGGUGAUGCUAUUUUUGUGAAAGUGAGCAAUACCUCAAAGAUUUUGCAACAUGAUUCCCUUGAGAACGUCUUUGGUGCAUUUAUGAUAUAAAUAUCAAGUUGAUAUUUCUCUGUAAAUAAGUUAUUUUAAAAGUAAAGAAAAAGUAGGUCCAUUACCUUCAGUAUUAAGAAGGUCGGGACCAUUCAGGUAGCUUUCUGAUUGAGAGAAGGGUGAAAGUCUUCUUUUUUAAAAUAUAUUUUAUAGUAAACUUUUCUACUCAGGGAUUUUUUAAAUAAACUUACUGGUAUACUUAAUCACAUGAAUGUUACAAAAUGACUAGUCAUAGAUGGGGAAAAAAGAGUUUAGAUUUUUCAUAUUGUUGCUGAGUACAAAUGUAUAUGUCAUGUACAAUUAAGAACAUACAAACUGUCUGCUUACAUUUCUUUUCAUUCUUGCUGUAAUGCUCACUAUUUAUUUAUUCCUCCUCUGGUAGAAUUAAUGAUAUAA